AUGUUGUCUCGUGGUGUCAAGGGCAGCAAAGUCAACAAGAGCCCAGACAACAAUGACAACACCACUGACGGCAACAUUGCAACCACCCCAGCAUCGGUCUUCUCCAUUAGCCCGCACAUGGCUCACAAGCGCGAGCGGCUGGCGCAUGUUGUGACUGGUCUCGGCCAACAGUACUGCGACACCAGCACCCCCAUGAGCUCUUCUUCUGCCACGGAUGCGACCCCUUCUUCGUUGUCAUCUACUACUCAGGCACUUACGAUCAAGAAGCGUUUCCGCCUUGGUUUGGGCAACCGCAAGGUCAGUGCUAUGAACAUAUGCAAUGACGUCGCUAACCCAAAACUGCAGAUCCACGAUCCUUCCACUCCCCCCUCUACCGCCGAUGCCACUAUGGUCGAGUCCGAGGCUGCUAAGACUUUUGGUAUGUGUCCUUCGAACAAGCUGACCAUCGAUCCCUUGACACCCCCUGCGACUGUGCGCUCCGAGUCUCCUAACGAGGAUACCGAAGCCGUUGCCGAUACCUCAAAGGACACACAUGUAACGGACAUUACUCAUAACGCUACUCACACUCCAACCAAUGUCACUACGAGUGUCAAUGUCCGUUUCAACACAAGUGAGGACGUCAACAACAAUCUUGAUGCGCACGAUGCUGAGAUGGAGGCUGCCUUGGCUGCUAUGCGUGCCGCAGAGGAGCUCCUCAAUCAACGUCAUGCUGCCAUCAAACAGCAACCAAACACUGGCAAGCGGAUGAAGCCUUUGGAUAUCAUCAACAAGAUCGCAGGUCAGAGGGCUAGUUCUGCCCCAGUUCAGGUUCCUUGCGAUGCAUCUGCCAUUGUCCAGCCUAGAGCACAACAGAGUACUGCCAACGAAGCUAUCGAAGCCAUGCGUCGCCGCGAGGCUAUGAAGGACUUGGCCUACUUUGCCGCCAAUGGCUGUCCUAGCAACAUUGCCAUCAUUGAGCAGAUGAACGAGCAUUUUGGGCUGCAACAGUACGAUGCUGAGGGCAAUCUACUAGAUGCCACCUUCAACGUCCACGGUGUCACUAUCCGUGCGAGCCAGAUGCCUAAUGAUUCCAUUGAGCGACUGUGGAUCGGCCGUUACAAUAUGAUGAAGUACAGCGCCAUGCUUGUUGAGGAACGUGCCUUGAAUGAGGAAGACCACGAGUUCAUUGUAGCACAAAUCUUACCGCAGGAGCGCAAACACCUCUUGGAUCCCGAGCAUUUUAACGUCUACAUGGAUAGUCUUGCUGAAGAAGACAUCUUUACUAUGACAAAGGCCAAGCUCAUCGCUGGUGCCGGUGUUACCGUCGAGGAGUUCGACAAGGGUCCCCAUUACAUCCGUAAAUCUGGCAGCAAGUCCAACUACCAUGACCCCGAUGUCGUUGGCAUCUUCGAAAUCCCUCAACCACUCAUGCGCACCAUCACUACUGAUUACACAGUACCAGUGACACAGGUAAACCUAUACCCUCAUCUUCGCACUCUCGUCGAAGCUGCCGUCUACAAGAAGAACUUUUGGAAGGGCUACUUUAUCCCCAACCCCCGCUCCAAGCUCAACGACUUCUUCGAAGCUUACCGUCUCACGCAAGAGAAUUGGCUUCUCCCCCCUAGCCUCACCAACUACAAGCGCGCCUGGACUCACCGCGAGUCACGCCUCCUUCAGCGCGGUCAGUACAUCUGCAAGCUUCUCUCUCAGUACGAGGCCAAGCAGAUCACAGACUUUGGUAUCAUCCGCGCCAUCCGCGCCACCUUCAUCCCCAUCCCCGGCCAGCCGUGCUGGUGUGCCGAAGACCUCGAGAAGUUCCUCUACCACCGCAUCGUAGACUCGGGUAUCGCCAUCUCCAAGAUCCCGGAGAUCAUUCUCCUCCACCCGGACAACGAUGAGGUCUUCAGCAACCCUGCUGCUCGUGACCACGUGCGCGAGGCCCUUCAGGCUCGUAUGCACUUCUUCAAGGCUGAGGAGGCGGCCCGUCUCCACGAGAUCCAACAGUCUCGCAUCGCUUUUAGGAAGGCCCAGAAGAAGAACAUGUCUAAGUGGGCUAGGGUCAAGGCGGGUUUCAAGCGUAGGUUCGGCAAGAAGGUGGUUGUUGAGCCCUUCAACCCGUUCGAUCCUUCACACUAG